AUGGAAGCCAACACAAGGUUAAGUUCACAAAAAGACGAAAUCGAGCCAGGGACCAAGCCACCCGCACCAGAAGAGUCACCACAAUCAUCAGAGAAAACACCAGACAUCAGCAAAAGUUCGAGAACAACUCUCGUCGAUUUUAGCGAAAAAGGCACUCCGGGCGACUCAAAUUCGCCGACUUCGACCUAUCCGCCGGUUGAAUAUGCGUACCUCGGCUUCAACUCCCCCCUUCCAUCUCCAAUCGAUUACAGUGCUGCGAAACAACCAUCCUUGCCAGGGCCCCCGGAUUUGAAACGAUAUACAUCACCAUUCGAGUGGCCAAACACGCGCAAGUAUGUGAUCACCGCUCUCGCGUGCACCGUGACAGUUCUCGCCGCGGCAGCGGCAGGAUGUUACAGUCCGCCGGAAGCAGAGCUCACUCGAGCAUGGGGGAUCAGCGGCGUGGUUUAUAACAUUGGUAUUACUGUCUUUACCCUUGGCUUUGGGAUCGCACCUAUGGUGCUGGCCCCAUUUUCGGAAAUAAACGGACGGAGACCAAUGUUUAUAUACAGCGGAAUCCUGUUUACUGUAUGCCAUAUUGGAUGCGGCGUGACUCGCUCUUUUGCCGGGAUGAUUCUUGCCCGGUUCUUUUUGGGUGUUGGAGGCUCAACUUUCUCGACUAUAGUGGGCGGUAUUAUAAGUGACAUAUACCAUGCCAAAGACCGGAAUGCGCCAAUGGCUUUGUUCGCCACAGCAGCACUUUUUGGAACGGGGCUGGGUCCCCUGUUCUCCGGAGCAAUUGUGAAACACACGUCGUGGCGCUGGGUGUACUACUCACAGGCUAUAGUAGCGGGCGUAGUUACAGCCGCAGUGGUUCUUUUUUUCAAAGAAACUAGGGGUAACGUGUUAUUAAGUCGGAAAGCAAGAGCGUUGAACCAGUGGUAUGAAGAGCUGGAAAAUGCAGGGUGCCCUGGUUUGCGGAUGGAGACCGCCGAAGGUAGCCAAAAAGACCGUUUCGACAAAAUAGCCAUGAAACUUGGAAAGGUGCCAACCACGCCAGAAGGUCGACUAUAUUUCGUUUGCGUGGAAUCCAUUUUAAUGCCUGCAGGAUUGUUCUGGUUUGGAUGGACUUCAGGUCCGUCAACACACUGGAUAUGGCCCGCUCUGGCUGUGGGUUGCGCAACGAUUGGGAUAUUCUCGAUUUACCUUGCCGUCUUUAACUAUAUGGCCGAUACGUACCAUCGAUAUGCAAGCUCCGCAUUAGCAGCUCAGUCCUUUUGUCGAAAUGUUCUUGGUGGGGCAUUCCCGCUUGUUACGAAAGCCAUGUUCAACAAUCUUGGGUAUCCCGAAGCGUCCAGUUUGCUUGGUGGUAUUGUCCCGAAGACUGACAAUGACCAGGGCGCUUUGCUGACGAUCGUCCCAUGGGUUCUUGCGAUCUUCGGUCCGAGGAUCAGAGCACGAAGCAAAUUCGCGAGCGCCACUGGGCAAGUGAUCAGCCGACUUUUAUACGAGAACGCCGGAGAAAACGCGGGAAUUACCCGCAAAAUGCUCUGCAAAAGUUCGACCGUCGUGAUGUCACCGAUGCGCCUGUGGGUCUUUAUCGGCGUUCACUGA